UGAAGUGUGAACUAAACUUAAACACUGUUUUUAUGACAGAGACUAAAUUCCUUCCAACCUUUUACUUUGCCAAUGGCAGCAACCAACAAACAACACACACACACACACAAAUAAUUCAAUAAUCAAUACGCGUUGCAUAGAUUAAUUAUUAAACUAUACAUUAAAAUCAAAUCUAAAUCUAAACAUAUCUUUUUUCUUUUUUUUUCCUUUUCAAUUCAAUCAAUCUUCCACCACCUUCUUUUCACCAUCUCUAAAUCUCAAUCGUUCAUUUUCUCAUCUCUCAUUCACUUUUUCAACCUUACCCUUAUCUAAUAUCUAUCUCUUCUUCCUCAUUUCAUCAUUCUAAUACUAUAUACUAUACUCUGACAUAGCCUAUUAUUCUGGAUCUUUGCUUAUUUUAUUUUUUAAAAAUUAAUAAUCAAUGCUUAUUAUUAUUCUAAGUUUUUUGGUUUGUUGUUAAGUACUUCUUAACAUGUGAGGUUUUAUUCUUUGCCCCCUAAAAAAAAGGCAAAUUUUUUAUUUUUAUGAUCCAUCACCCUUGAUUUUUGGGAUAGGUUUGUGUGUAUAUUUUGGGAAACUUGCAUAAAGUUCAGUUUUUUUUUCAAAAGGGUAUGGUUAGUUUUUGGUGAGUGUUGAGUGUUAGUGUUGAUUUGAUGAUAAUUGCUAGAUAGGUGUUUGAUAUAUUGUUUGUGAGAGGAAUUUGAAAAUGGGAUCUGGUAAUGAGGUUCAUUCUGUUGGAGAGUUUAGUUUAGAUGCUAAGUGGCUUAUAGAUCCUAAACAAUUAUUUGUUGGUCCUAAGAUUGGAGAAGGUGCUCAUGCUAAAGUCUAUGAAGGAAAAUAUAGAAAUCAGAAUGUUGCUGUUAAGAUUAUCAACAAAGGAGAAACCCCCGAAGAGAUUUCCAGGAGAGAGGGUCGGUUUGGCAGAGAGGUUGCUAUGUUGUCGAAAGUUCAACACAAAAAUUUAGUCAAGUUUAUUGGAGCCUGCAAAGAACCUGUGAUGGUUAUAGUAACUGAACUUCUAUUAGGUGGAACAUUGCGUAAAUAUCUCUUGAGUAUGCGACCAACGUGCUUGGAUAUGCGUGUGGCUGUUGGAUUUGCUCUUGAUAUCGCUCGAGCAAUGGAAUGCUUACACUCACACGGGAUCAUUCACCGCGACCUUAAACCUGAUAACUUGAUCUUGACCGGAGAUCAUAGAACAGUUAAACUUGCUGAUUUCGGUCUAGCCAGAGAGGAGUCGUUAACAGAAAUGAUGACUGCCGAAACAGGAACAUAUCGUUGGAUGGCUCCAGAACUGUACAGCACCGUUACCCUAAGACAAGGUGAGAAGAAGCAUUACAACCAUAAAGUAGAUGCCUACAGCUUUGCAAUUGUGUUGUGGGAGCUCAUCCAUAACAAGGUGCCCUUUGAAGGCAUGUCUAAUUUACAGGCAGCAUAUGCUGCUGCUUUUAAGAAUACAAGGCCUAGUGCUGAAGAUUUACCAGAGGAUUUAGCUAUGAUUGUAACAUCAUGCUGGAGAGAGGAUCCAAACGAUCGACCGAAUUUUAGUCAAAUUAUACAGAUGCUCCUUCGGUAUCUCUCUACCAUUUCGCCAUCAGAACCGGUCGUUCCGAUGAGGAUUAAUUCAUCCGAUAAUAUUGUAUUGCCGCCAGAAUCUCCCGGUACAAGUGCAUUAAUGUUUCGACGAGAUGACUCUGGAGAAACACCAAAAGCCAAUGCGGAAGAGAGGUUCAAAGGGUAUUUCUUCUGCUUCAACCAGUGUUACUAAUGCCUCAAAAGAUCAGAGAUAGGAAAACUAAAUAAAAACCACAUUCACCAAUUGUAACAAACUAGAAACUCAAUAAGGAAAUGUUGACUAUUAGCAACUCAGAAAAGAGAGUGACAAGUUCUUUUAAUAUUAUGAUUUUGACUUUUUUUCUUACUUAAUUUGAUGUAUAAGGAAGCUCAGAUAAUUUUGGGGUUAAGGUUGCUAAGAUGUAAAUAGUCCUAUAAAAUAAGGUUCACCCACCCAAAAGCCUUCACCUUUUGUUUAUAUGUGUGUGCCAUGGAUAAUAAAAGGGAAAGGGAUGUAUCUACAUUUUUAUUA